GGAGGCGGAGGCAGCUCAGCUUGUCGGGACGAACGGUGGCGGACAGAGGACGCAGCUGUCACACGCUGGACGAGCGGCACUUCGGAGCUGAUCUGCGGGAUGACGAACUGAGCAGCGGAGGGACCACACUGCAUGAGAAGAAAACCGAACGGGAAACGCUUUCGACGACAGCAUCACUACUGGUUCAAGUUAGAAGUGUUCGAAGUUGAAAGUCUGCGCAGAUCCACCCGGAGCACGCGCGGCCGUGUGAGUUACCAGUUGCCGGGGAGACGUAAGUUCAACCGGGGAAGCGACGACGCGGCGACGCUGAACAAAGAGCAGCAGCAGGCCACUCUGAAACCAUCUGCGGGGGAAUAAAUCCACCAGGGCGGUUAAACCCCUCGGAGCCGAAGAGGACACCGUGAGAAGAAGCCGAGGACCGGAGCAGCAUGGUUACCACUAAGGGAGCGGGUCUGAAUCCCAAUGCUAAAGUGUGGCAGGAGGUGCCUGCCCACCAGAACGACAUCCCAGAGGGGACAGAGGAUUCACCUUGUCCGCAGACCAACCCUCCUCCUGCUGAGAUGACCAAUGGUUACACAGACGUUCCCUCCGCAGAGGGUAAAGGAUGUGACACUGAGUUUCCUGACAGCACUGGUGACUUUGCCCCUGUAGCCACAGAAGGCCCUGUAGCCACAGAUGGCACUGUAGCCACAGACGGCACUGUAGCCACAGACGGCACUGUAGCCACAGACGGCCCUGUAGCCACAGACGGCAUCAACCCCCCUGACUUGGGGUCUCUAGUUUUCGACCAACAAAGCGAACCAGCCAUAGAUGGUGACGUUUCUAAGGAACAACCAAUGUCUGAGGAGUGCCUAAGGGAGUCUCUGAAGAAACAACUUGAGUUCUGCUUUUCGAGGGAGAACCUCUCCAAGGACCUCUACCUUAUAUCUCAGAUGGACAGUGAUCAGUUUGUUCCCAUCUGGACCAUCGCUUGCAUAGAGGACAUCAAAGCUCUCACUACUGACAUGGACCUCAUUGUGGAUGUACUGCGAGCCUCUCCCAUGGUGCAAGUCGACGAAAGUGGAGAGAAGGUUCGGCCGAACCACAGUCGCUGUAUCAUCAUUCUGAGAGAGGUGCCAGAAACUACACCAGUUGAGGAGGUGGAGGCUCUUUUUAAGAGCGAAAACUGUCCAAAAGCGUUAAGUGCUGAGUUUGCACAUAACAGCAAUUGGUACAUAACAUUUCAGUCAGAUAUGGAUGCACUACAGGCUUUCAGAUACCUCAGAGAGGAAGUGAAAAUGUUCCAGGGAAAACCCAUCAUGGCCCGCAUUAAGGCCAUUAACACAUUCUUUGGUAAGAAUGGCUUCCGCAGUUUGGACUCCAGUGUUUUCAGUCAGCCUGCCCAACCACAGGCCCAGUACAGCUCCCCUGUCUACAUGCAGCAGAUGUACAGCCCUCAGCAGCAGUACCCUGUUUAUCCUGUGGUGUCUCACUCCUGGAACCCUUCAGUCAUGCCUUACUUUGAAACCCCACUGGCACCUUUCCAAAAUGGUGGAUUCAUGAAUGGUUACAACAAUCCUGGGAACUACAAAGGAAACUCAGGCUCCAUCAAACCACAUCGACCCAUGAGCAGGAACCAAAACCACGUGAAGGGUCACCACAGGCCGGCUGACAUGCCCACUCAUUCUCCGUCUUCCUUGACACUGGGGGCCCUGAUGGAUGGUCUGCCUGGUCCCUUGAGUCCGCAGCCCUUGCAGACACCAGAGCCAGUCUCUCUGCUGUCCUUCACUUUUAAAGAUAUUUCUCUGCCAGCUAACAUAUCCAGCGGAGAUCUGAGUGGGGGUGGACGUGGCAGGAGAGGUGGCUACAGAGGCAUGAGGAGAAAAAGAGAAGAUGAUUAUACCACGCGUCCUAUCCCUUUGAUGGAGGCCAAGGUUCCACCUCCUCCAAAGUUUGACCUGGCCGCUUCCAAUUUCCCUCCUUUACCAGGGUCUGUGGUUAGUACGCGAGGAGAAACCACACCAGAGAUGCGCCUCUCUGAUGUUGUACGUGGCAUAAAGGUGACCAACAAGCCUGUGAGCCAAGAAGCUAAUGAGACCAGACGCACAACUGUCUCAGAAGAUCCUGUGAGCUCACCAGAAUCCGUGGUCCCAGCUGCCAUACCUGCUCCUGUGACACUGCAGACAGAGGCACCACCCACCUCAUGUGAUUCUCCAGUAAAGGAAGAGGAUAAAGCUGAACUUCCCAUUCCAGAGGAAGUGAUCUCUUCAUCCACAGAGGCUGUUUCUCCAGCUGAAUCAGAAUAUGUCCCCCCCGUCUGCAGCGAGUCGUUACCAACUGAAGCACCAUCUCCGUCUCCCUCAACUCCAACAUCAGACCUGGGGCUCAAAAAGCUCAGCUAUGCAGAGGUGUGCCAGAAGAUGGCCAUGGACAAGCCAGGAUCACAGAUUCCCUCUCCCUCACCUCCUGCGUCCUCAGCUAGCCAACCCCUACAGGAGCUCAAGGCCAACAGGGGUGAAGAGCCUUGCCCCAACUACAGGCGCACAACAGACAAACCAGAGAAAAAUGGAGACAGCCGGCCGCCUCGUCAGCCGUUGCGCUCCUUCAGGGGGGGAAAUGGCCAAGCCAGAGUUGGAGGUGCAGCUGCAGGUACAGGUGCAGGUGCAGGGCUGAAAGUUCGGGAGCAUCAGAGAGGCCUGAACAAUGGAAAACCAUUUACUCCACAGCGGGGCGCCAGACGCAGCGGCAAGGAACAGAACAUUCCCCCAAGGUCACCAAAAUAACUCAAGGAACCGAAACCUUUACAACAUGUACUUAAACAAGAAAGAAAUAUAUAUGUAAAUAUAGAAUAUAUGUAAAUAGACAGAUGGAUAUAUUUCGUUUGACAGACUUUGUCAAAGAUUCUCUACAUUGUUGCAGAAAAGACUGCAAGUAGACUUUCCAUUUAGGAAAAAGCAUUUAGUCUGCUGACAGAAUUGCAGACGAGGUGAUGAAACAUACUUUGCCUAAAGUAAUAUCACCAUAAACUGGCAAAAGUGUGUGUGUGUGUUUGAACCUUCGAAAGAGGGAUCUUGUAUCUAUAUAAAUAUUGUGUUCUGACAUGAAGCAUUGUAAACAUCCAAAAUGACCGAAAGGCAAAUGUGGCACAUAUUUUUUUUAGUGGCCAUUAUUCGCAUUUGUUUCACCUUCGGAUUUUAUUUAGAUUUUUAUCAAGGAUGUUUUUGUUUUUUGUUUUUUAUGAAAUAGAAGAUGAAUCUAGGGCAGAGUCAUAGAAACAGUGGAGUGUGAUACCACAGAAGGUUUGAGUUUAGAUGAGAAGCUGUGAUUGGAGAAAUUCUCAUGAUUAUGGAAUCAUGCUCUUCAACAGAUGAUGGUGAAAUACUAAGUUAUAUAGAUUCAAAACAUUACAUCAUAUGAUGAUUAUUAAUUAUUGAAUGUUUUGCCAGUAAUUGUCCUUUGUGAUGCAGAUAUUAAAGCACUGCAAAUAGCUGAAAUAACAAAUGUAGAGAAACAACUAAAUUCUAUUUAACUCUUGUGCAAAUCAGUAUGUCUUAUUUCAGUUGCUUAGUUUUAUUAGAGUUAAGCAGGAGCAGUAAUACAUGUUUUAUUUGAUGGUGUCUGUCUCAUGAAGCAGGAUUACCGGGUUAUCAGCUACUUCAGUAGUUCACGGUGGUAACCUGCCGAGCACAGAACCUGUUCCAGAAAUGUUUAAGUCCAGAAGAUCACCCACUAAUUACUGUAACAUAGUAUUUAGAUUGUUCGGUAUUUUCAGUUUCUUCUCUAAAGUUUUUAGAGAAGGAUGAGAUGUGAAAUAAUUAUUUGUAACCACCACCUGCAUGUGACUUGCUAACACAUAAUGAUUUCUGAAUAGAAAUUGGAUUAAAGUAGCUGUUUGAUGGAUGGUGCUGUGGCCAGUGUCUCCUCUUGGUCUUUGUGACACUGCCUGCAUCAUCAUCACUUCAUCAUUUCAGCUGAAUGUAUAUCUGUUGAUAUUGAAACCAUGUUUGAGCUUGACCUUUUAAAUGUCUUAUGUAUUAGCUUUCUUGAGUGUGUGUGUGUGUGUGUAUAUUUUUAGUUGUUUAUGUACUUAUUUCCUGCUGCACAGGAUUCUUUAAAUUUAAUUUUCAGUCCAGUUCUCAUGUUUUUCUUUUCAUAGUUAUCAGUGUUUCUCUAAUGUUUCUAAAUUGUUGUGUAGAAAGAUCUGAGGGGAAAAAAGACUUGGUUAUUGUCAACUGAGUUGAAUGCUGAUGUGUACAGUCAGGGUUCAUGGCAGAGCAACCUGUAUCUGUAGUGGUGUGAACUGAAAUGCACUAUUGUUUGAUCUCAAGGUUUUUAAUCAUAGCAGAUGUAAGAAAUGGGAAAAUGUUGCUCAGAAAUGCUGAACUUAUGCUUUAAUAUGUUUUCAUUUAUUCUGAAUAGCCUGUGGUGCUGCAAAUUUAAAUGAACAAAAAAAAUGAGUGAAGGUAAAGAAUUAUACAUUUUAGGGUUAGGGGAAUUAAAAAAAUGCCUUGAGAUACGUGUUUUGAUUCCUUCGCUUCUAGGAAACUUACUGUGGUGUUCAGUAUUUUGUUUUUUUGGAAUCAGUAGUUGUCUCCUGUGUACAGUAUAGUACAGUAUGUUUGUAUUGACAGUGUAAACCUGGGUGCAAGAAAGAGACAGAUUGCUUCUGCUUCAAACUACACGGAACUGUUAUCUCAAACCAAACCUCCAGUGCCUUAGCAGUGUUUGAUCUCAACAGCAAGAAGUUGUGAGAUUGUUGAGCACAUCACUCCACUGAUCGAGGCUGGUUAGCUGGUCGAACAAAUCCAACACGGUCCGUUCACGACACUUGGGAGACACGUAGAUCCUACCCGAUGUAAAUCUUAGUUUAUGGUGGCUGCAGCUGAUUUGAGCAGAGCUUAACAUGUACAGUAUGUGCAUGCUUAUUUGUCCAAUGUUAGGUGUGUAUGAUAUAGAUGAUUUUGUUUGCUCGUCAAUGCAAUAUUAGUCUUAUAUCAUAGUCCUGCUUAUAACUGUCUCAAUCAAACACAGGAUUUCAAGUUUCACCCAAGUACACACUGGUUUAUCAAGUGAAUAUUUUAUUACUGAGCCUGAUAUAUGGAAAUAAAGAUUUAUUUUUAAACA